GCGUUAGAGCGGGCAGCCCGCGGGUUGGGGGCUUCGUGCUCUGAGGGCAGCGGCCGCCAUGGACGACGAGGAGGAAACGUAUCGUCUGUGGAAGAUCCGUAAGACCAUCAUGCAGCUCUGCCACGAUCGGGGUUACCUGGUGACCCAGGAUGAGUUGGAUCAGACGCUGGAUGAGUUCAAGGGGCAGUUCGGUGAUAAACCCAGCGAGGGCCGGCCCCGGCGGACGGAUCUGACGGUGUUGGUGGCUCACAACGAUGAUCCCACAGACCAGAUGUUUGUGUUCUUCCCGGAGGAGCCAAAGGUUGGAAUAAAGACCAUCAAGAUGUACUGCCAGAGGAUGCAGGAGGAGAACAUCACCAGGGCCCUGAUCGUGGUGCAGCAGGGCAUGACCCCCUCGGCAAAGCAGUCCCUGGUGGAUAUGGCUCCCAAAUAUAUCCUGGAGCAGUUUCUGCAACAGGAGCUUCUGAUCAACAUCACAGAGCACGAGCUGGUCCCUGAACACGUUGUCAUGACAAAGGAAGAAGUGACUGAACUGUUAGCCCGAUACAAACUGAGAGAGAACCAGCUCCCCAGGAUCCAGGCUGGUGAUCCCGUGGCACGGUACUUUGGCAUAAAGCGUGGUCAGGUGGUGAAGAUCAUCCGACCGAGCGAGACCGCGGGCCGCUACAUCACCUACAGACUGGUGCAGUGAGCUGUCGGGUGUGGAAGCGCUGUGUGAUGCGUCCUGAUGUUCUCAUCCACCAGCAACUUACCCACCCUCUUCUCUUCCCCUGUUGCCUCUGUGUAGUUACUGCUUGGCCCAAUUCCUUGUUUCGAGCAUGGACUUUGCUGCAGCUCUUGACAUUCAGUAAGGGCUCGAGCCAUGGAAGCAAUAGAAGAGGGUGGGGAAAGGAGAGAGUGGGAAAAGGCCUUUGCUUUCCUGCUUUGUGUUGUAGGAUCCUGUUUUUAAUAAAGGUUUGUACGUCUGGA